CCCGCUCAAACCAAAAUUGAUCUUUUUGCAAGAUCUGGUUCUUAUCCAUAUACUAAAGCAAAGAAUGAUAAGCUGACCAAAGCUCUUACAGGUUAUCUUGGAGUUACCUGCUCAUGGCUAGAUUCUGAUUUCAAAAUCCACGAAGUAUUACUUUCCCUUACAUUUGUCAGAUACCCUCACACUGCCAAUGUUAUCCAAGAAAAAUUAGAAGAAGUAAUUGAAAACUGGGGUCUUACCAGAAAG